AUGGCACAUAAGGACCGCGAUGGUGGUGGAGGAGGAGGAGCAGCAGCAGAAGUCGACGAGAGACCGAGCGAGCGACGCCAUCGAUCCAAAGCCGAAAAGGAGAAGGACCCCAACCGCAAGCACAAAUCGUCCAAGAGCUCGAGACCGAAAGCCAUCGACCCCAAGACCGGCGAACCGGUGAAGUCGCCCCACCGAAGCCGAAAGGAUAAGGACAGGGAUUACGGGAAGAUAUCAGAGCCAUCGACGUCCAUGGCAGAUCUCGUUCCAGAGCUUGCCCGGACAGCGUCAGCACCAGGCGCAACUUCAAGGGCGAGCCUGCCGUAUCCCAGUUUCAGCAAAUCACAUAGCAAGGAGGCUAUAUCGAGCAGGGAGAGUUUCAGGCUCCCAGUAAAGGCGAACCCAACUGUCUAUACACCAGAGUCGACGGAUUUGGGUUCGGAAGAGAAGUUGAGAUCCAAGUCGGCCGAGCAUUCCACGCCUUCUCGUGGAGCGACAGUACAGAAAGAUGGAAGACCGCCCAGCCCCCCAGAGACAGAAUUCUCGCAGGAGAGGAAGGCAACGCCAUCUCGCUUGACAAAGCUGCAAGAGGAGGGAGACUCUACGCCGAGGCCCAGCUCACGCAGCUCUUGGUUUAGCAGACCGGCCAAGAAGGAUAAGGACGAUAGCUCGAAGGUAUCCGCCAAAUCGAAGGCGUCGAAGGCGAGCACGGCCAUCAAGUCCCCGAGGGCGACAACUAGCGAGAGGAAGGUCGAGGCAGAUGAGAAGGCAGAUGAAGGCUAUUCACAGGAUGAAACCACCUCCAAAGCAGACUCCAACCUCACAUCGGUUGCCCCAAAGCGAGUUGUACCCACAGCUUCUAACGAACGACCACCAGCCCUAAACACAGCUUCAUCACCUAGUUCUACACAAGAUUCCUCCCCCCAAACCCCUACACAGACUCCUCAGUUCGCUCCACCAGACCUUAAGUCAACGCCGUCACCAUUCAUCCACUUCCAACCCCCCGAAGCUGCCUCCAGCGAUUACAAUUCUCCACAGCCUCCGCCGCCACCACCUCCUCCUACGGUGCCUAUUAGUAUUCCUCAAGUUGAUUAUCUCAUGCAAAAUGGAGGAUUGCUUCGACCUGCGCCUAAGAGUUUACUUUCAGCUACCCCUGCAAUCAAUCCGCAAUAUAAUGGUCUGCGGUCAUCCACCCCGAUGCCCGUAGAGAUCGAGAAAAUCUUUGGACCUUUCUACAAUACAUUGGAUCAGUAUGAAACGGUGAUUGCUAAGAAUGGGUCACUCGCAGUGGCCACUGGAUAUAGAUCUGUUGCUAGGCGGUUACUGGAUCGAUUAGAGAAUGUUUUCAACAGAGAUCUAUCCCCUGAAGGUUGCUUCUGUGUCAUUUGCGAGAAUUCAGAUCUAGACACAUAUGAAGGCUCCCGAGGGCUCGGAUGGGGCGAGGUAUUAGAGUGGGUCAGUGGCCGGCGCGAACUUCCCACCUGGCCAGCAUUCGAUUUCGCAACUCUUGGUGUGAAGGCCGGCGAGGAUUUAGCAGAUCUCGCGGGAAGCCAGCGAAAUGGUGCUGAGGGUGCCAGACCUGGAUCCCCGGUAAAGAUAGAUCCUGACGUUGCCGACGAGUAUCGAGAACAUUAUCUUGCUCAAUCGAAGAAGACUAAGCAGGUGGUCAAUAGAUGGCUUUCGAGCUGUCCACAAACAGCUGCAGCCCCGCCUCAAGAAGUCGAUGACGAGACUCUUUCUUUUGCCAUCUUAACGCAUCUCGACCAGAACGACCGCCCUGUUUUCAAUGCACUGAUCACUGGUUCAAGCGUUAUACAGCCUGCAUCACGCGCGCCAACUCCAUUGCGGAAACCACGGUCAAAUUUUAUGGUUAAGACAGUGCAGUCAUUGCAAAGACUCUAUAGGCUACCACUCCCUCCUCGCGAUCCGGAAGCCGCCAUCUACCUUCUGAAGAAUCCCCACCUGCACAAUCUGCUUGCUACAAUGUCCAGUAUCAAUAUCUCAGAAUGGGAGAUUUUAACAUCAGGCCGAUUUGACGGCUUCUUGUGGUCAGGGGCAGAACCGGACUCCACAAAUCCCUCUCCUGCACCAUCGCGUGGCCCAACACCGGCAAAUGUUAACCGCGGACCUAUGUCUCCCGCAACGCGCCAGGGACCAAACUCGAGAACCACCACGCCAUUCUCACCCUUGCGAAACCAAACAUUCUCCCCGUCAAUGGGCAGCAGUGCAUUCCCUUCUCGCGGCCCUACCCCCCUUCCACAACGCGCCCCUGUUUCCAACGACGAAGAAACCGAAAUUGCCAUCCUUGCAGAAAUUGAGCGGGAGAUCUACCUCGGCAUGGAAGCUCUUGAAGACGCCUUCGAAGGUCUACACCGCAAAGCAGAAUAUGUACGACGAGCGCUCCGAGAGCGUGGUGCAGGUCUUUCUAUGUCCCUCCAGUCUAGACGCACAAGCCAUCCAGAUAUUAUCGGUUCGGGUACCCCGGGUUUGGGUCUGGGAUAUGAGAGGCCCCCCUGGGGUGAAGCCAGCGAGAUGACCAGCGAGAGCGAUUGGGAUCCCGGAGAUGAUAUGAUGAGCGAGCUUGCGCCAGAUGAUUCAGCGAGCAACAUCAGCAGCUCGAGACAUCGACGGCCGAAGAGGAGAAAUGAGAGGCGAACGCCUGCACUAGUCGAGGAGGAAGAUGAGAAUUGA